GCGGCCAGCAGUCAGUCAGUGGGUCUGUGGUGGUGGUGCGGUGUGGAGCGUUCUGCUGCUGCUGCUGGUGCCCCUGUUCCACCCUCUCUCAGGCGCUGGCUCUCCUCAUACUUGCUAGAAUAACCUUUCCCCCUUUUUGAUCAUAAGUUCCCUCGGUGCGUGCGAGCAGUUUGUGGUGUUUUACAAGUGUUGAUCUGUUACUCUUGUGUGGUGUGUGCAAGGAACGUCGCCUCAGAAGUGUGGAUUUUUUAAUUGAAGAAUUGUGUUGGUGUCGUGGAGGAGGUACUCAGCACAACACCGGUUAACAGAGCUUGAGUGGGACUCCUUCGCCUCUAUACAAGGUUGAGCGCCAAGAUGCUGCCGGAGAAGCUGCUGUUCCACGUGAAGGUCCUCUUCUGCAUGGUGGUGGUCGCCACGGAGGGUAAGAAAAAGAAGAAAAACCGCAAGAACGCCGAGGAACCUGAGACGGCGCCGCUCCUCGACGCUGACUUCAACAUGUGUGACAUCCAGACCCCUGAAGUCAUCUACUGUUACUGCGACGUCCUCGAUAUCGACCAGGCUGAGGAGGGUAACUGCUGGAUCUUCAACGACAUGUCCAAGAACGAGGUGAUUUGGGAGGGCUUCGUCUCCCAGACUAAGAUCAAGAGGCUGACGCUCCACCUCCGCCCAGAUGGCACCCUCAAGUCCAUCCCCACCAUCGCUAUCCAGCACCUGCAGGGGAUACACAUGUUCGAGGUGCAGUACGCCACCAUCAACACCGUCCACGCCUACAGCUUCGGAAACUCCAGCUCCCUCUCGAAGGUCUCCCUCUCCAGGAACUCCAUCUUCACCCUGGCUCGCAACGCCUUCACGCACCUUCCAUCCCUCGACACCCUCACGCUGGGCGAGAACCACAUCACCGAAGUCAACCGGCAUGUCUUCGUAGACCUGCCGAAGCUCACCAAGCUCUAUAUUGAUCGGAAUAACAUCACCAUCGUCCACGAGCGGGCCUUCCAGGGCCUCCACAACCUGGAAGAACUCGAACUCUUCGCCAACCAAAUUCAGGUGAUCACGCCAGAUACCUUUAAGGGACUUCGAUCUCUGGAACGCCUCGAUCUCCAUAAGAACCGCAUUGAGGUUAUCGGCGAUAAGACCUUCCGUGAUUUACAAGCUCUCCGAGUCUUGGACUUACAACAGAACUCUCUCAAGUACAUAUCUCCCAAGGGCUUCCUUGGCCUCGACCACCUGCAGCAGCUCAACUUACAGGACAACAAGCUAUUGACCCUGGGCCCCGAGGUCUUCCUCACGGCCCCCAACAUCCAUCACCUGGACAUCCGGGCCAACGUUCUCGAAACCCUGGCCGUUGAGACCGUCCAGCCCCUGAUGGACAACCUCAACAACGAGACGAUGCUCUUCUUCGUUGAAGGUAACAGCUUCCGCUGCGACAGGCGCCUCAGCUGGAUGUUUACCCUCCGCAACACUACCAAGAGCGUGUCUGUGCGCAGGAACCUGGACGAGGUCAUCUGCUAUCUGGAGGGCACCACCUUACCGCCGAGGCUAGUCGAGGACGAGACAGUGACCCCAGCCUACGAGACUACUACACUAGGCAUAGGUCCCGUGAUGAGGUUGCUGGCACUGCGCGAGUCUGAGCUCCCCGACCCUAUGAUGCGCUGGAUGCAGACAGCCGACCCGGACUGUGAGGAGGGUGAGGAAGGGCAGGACGGGACUACUCAAGGCGAGGCCUCAGACAAGCACGACAGAAGACGAGGUGAUCGCACCCGGAACAAUGGACAGAAACGCGCUAACCAGAAGAACAAGACCCAGAAUGACAUGCCCCCAGGUGAGGAAGUGACAAACCCUGAAUCAGGCGGGCCCCUGGCAGAGGCCCAGCCUCCAGCGCCUGUCCAAGAGUCCCGGGCUUACGACAAUGCCUCCAAGACGAGCCACACUGCCCUCGCCCCUCUCAUCGCUCUCUGCGUCACCCUCCUCCACGCACGUCCGCACUGAGAUCUCCGACAACAUGCAAUAUGAAACAUUAAAAGUAUUGUUAUCUUAGUGACGUUUGUCAAGUGACAGCAUCCAGCAACUGUUACACUGUCAGGGGUUAAGAAAUUUUGCACGAUUCGAUCCUAAAAGGAUGAUUCGAGUUCGAAUGUUAAUGAGCUAUGUAAAAUUAUGGGUAUUUGUAAAUACAUAUACAUAUAUAUAUAGAGAGAGAGAGAUUAAGAAAGUCAUUUUGUAAGACAAUUCUCUAUUAUGGACGUGCCAAAGUAUAUAUUAUUGAAAAAAUAUAUAUAUCCCAAAAUGCUUCACAAGAUGAUUUUAUAAAAAAGUGUUUAAUACACACAAACAAUGAGUAGCUGUGUCCCUUGCCUUACAUCCUCAACCCCAAGACCUCAGCUGGGGUUAAGAAUGCGCUACAGACAUAAUCAUCGCCAAUUCAAAUGUACCCUUUUGUACUGUCAAAACAUAUUGAUUCGAGAAAGUACACAGUUUAUUACAGAGGAAAGUAGAUCACUUGAGAUAUAUUCUGAAGCUAGGCCAAGAUACACGACUGUAAUCUCCAUAGUAUCAUUAAUGUUAUAUAUUAACGUGUUCUAGUUCAGUGUGUACAAAUGAAUUGCCUGGCUUGGCAGUUGAUAAAGGGGAAAAAAAAAAUUCUCUCGACCUCAGACCUUCCUGAUCUUCUCUUGUUCCUUUGCGUUAAAUGCUACCGAAGGCUAUAUGGACUUGGUUUGCAUUUCUUCCUGCCACGGUUGAUGUAUAGUGUACGUACAGUAUAUUAUAGCCUCAAUCAACUUUAUAUUCCAUCAAUCUGUGUUCUCCUUCAGUUUGGCCAGCAAGUGAUCAACUGUCAGAGUAUGUAGAUGAUCCAGUGUGAGAGUAAAUGAAAGCUGUAUGACUAUACCAUACUCCACCAGUGUGUACAUAGCCUUGUGUGUGUGACUGAACUAUAUUUUCAUACUAAGAUGUUACCGUGGGUAUAUAUACAGUAGUUACCGCCCUCCCGCACCUACUUUAUACAUGCAAUACUUAAUUCAUUUGACCUCGAGUGACGGCUUUUAUGUGCUUGUUUUCAGCCUUGGACAAGUUCGUUUCUUCCAUCCUGUAACCCUCCCCAUUUAACCCCCUCCCCCCCCCCAUUUAGAAACAAAAUAAAACAAUUUUUGUAUCAUUUUGGAAUGAUCAAUAAUUAUGCAGUAAAUGUAAAAAUAAGACUAAAUAAUUCUUCGUGAAAAUAUUCAUUAAUAUAUAUGACAAAAGUUUUGGGUGAGAUGGGUAUAAAUUGGGUAUGAAAACAUAAGAAUGUAAGUAACUACAGAAGGCCUAUUAGCCCAUACUUUCUCUUCCUGUUUCUAUGUUAGUUCGGGGAUCUUGAAGUGGGUAGAAUAUAGUUAUGCGUUAAUUGGCUGUUGAUUGCUUGUGUUGACUUUUUUA